AUGCUGCUGCGAACGCUUCAGCGCGCCUCGACCGUGCGUCUGGCGUCGGCUGCGCCGCUGCGCCCGAGCCUCGCCAGCGCGCAGACAACCGUGCGCUACAUCUUCUCGUCGGCGGCCAAGAAGAAGGACCCGUACAACCUGCUCAACGUGCCUCGGACCGCGACGGCCAAGGACAUCAAGCUCGCCUACUUUCGCGAAGCCAAAAAGUGCCAUCCCGACCUCAACCCGAACGACGCGCAAGCAACCAUCAAGUUUCGCGGUCUCACCGAAGCGUACGAGAUCCUGAGCGACCCGACGCGGCGCGCCGAGCUCGACAGCGCCGGCAGUUCGUCGCGCUUUUGGCAGCAGACGUCGUCGCCGCCGCCACCGCACCAUGAAGAAGAGGUCUUUAGCUCCGUGCUGGGCGAUGCGACGAUCGUCAAAGACGCGUUCCAGCUCUACGUGCGCGAUCUCCACGGCGAGUUUGUGUUUGCGCGCGAGUCGGCGGCGCGCGGCGAGUGGCGCAACGUGUGGCAGGUGGUCGUCAAGCGCAAGGGCCUCGUCUUUGGCCUCUCGCGCGACCGCAAGGCGCGCAAGCCCACGCCGCGGCAGUCGCGCCGACGCAAAUCUUAG